AUGCACCCGUCAUUCCACGUGUCUCUCCUUCGUCCAUACACCGAUCCCAAUGCCACCUUCUCGGGCCGUGAUCACACUCCAUUGCCGGUAGCUGUUGACACUGACGAGCCCGACUACCAGAUCCAGCGCAUCCUCAGGCACCUCGCUCUCGCUAGUGCGUUCGUAUUCUUCGGUUAUCGCCUGUCUAGCCCGUUGACAUCACCCGCUUCAUCCACGACGCGUCGUGACAACUCAGUAGCAACCACAGUAGACCAGUCGCUUUUCCCGAAGGAGGUACUAGACGUCGUUAAUACUAAUGCGGCUGAUUCGUCCCUCCCGGACUUGCGCUCGCUGUCGGUGGAAGAACCGACAUCGGUUGCGCUGGAGCGAAUUCAGGAGAGGCGACGGAAAGCGCAGUCUGUUCCCUCGGAAGACCCGCUCGCCACGUUGGGAGCUUCCACUGCCGAUCACGCCAGCCUGCUGGCCAAAGCUGCUGCAGAGGGGGAGGACCCGGAGUCGUUGAGGGCGAUGGAAGCCCUUCUGAAGCCGGAUCCCAAUGAUCCUGCUCGACGGAUAAGACGAGAAAACCGAAUUCGUCGGCGAGACAAACGGCUUCACGAGCUGGUGGCGCAGGAGUCCAUAGAAGACGACGCUGCUGAGGCGGAAGAGAAGAAGAAGAAGGGGGCUGGCACGGAGCCCGCCAUCGCUCUGAACAAAUACAGCAUCUGGCGUAGGGAGGACGAGAAGAUAGGCGGGGACCAGAUGAUUAGACUUAUUCAGGAUCAGCUGAUCAUGGCGCGAGCGUACAUGGCCAUCGCGCAGCAGCAUGGGGAUUCGAAGCUGUCCAAGGAGCUGAAGAACAGGAUGAAGGACAGCACCAAGUCGCUAGGCGAGGCAACCACGGACGCCGAGCUGGCUUCCAAUGCGGUGGAGAAGAUGCGCGCCAUGGGGCAGUUGCUGGCCAGAGCGAGAGAUCAGCACUACGACUGCACCGGAAUGGUGAAGAAGCUACGUGCCAUGGUGCAUUCUGCUGAAGAGCAGGACUCCUCUAGGCACGUGUUCCACAUUGUGACUGACAAGCUCAACAUAGCGGCCAUGAAGGACUACUAUUUCAAGACAGGGCAACAAACAGAAACAGCGGGAGGUGCAACAGCAAACCUCAAGUAUCGCAAUCCCAAGUACCUGUCAAUGCUGAAUCACCUCCGAUUCUAUCUGCCUGAAGUUUUCCCCAAGCUGGACAAGGUUCUGUUUCUGGAUGAUGACAUCGUGGUUCAAAAGGAUCUCACACCACUGUGGGAUGUCGACCUGCAUGGAAAUGUGAAUGGUGCGGUGGAGACAUGUGGGGCCAGUUUCCACAGAUUUGACAAAUACCUCAACUUCUCCAAUCCAUUGAUAGCUUCUAACUUUGAUCCACAGGCUUGUGGCUGGGCAUACGGGAUGAAUGUCUUCGACCUGAAGCAGUGGAAAGUCCAAGACAUUACCGGUAUCUACCACAGAUGGCAAACACAGGUGGGCUUCAAGGUUGAAAGACAUCCGUUUCACUUCAAUGCUGUUCAUUCCCUGAAAUCCCAAUGA